CAUUCUGCUUAGUGUAAUCAGGGGUGACAUUCCUUUGUAAAUGCAGGUCCUGGUAAAAAGAAACCAGGAGAUUUGAGUGAGUGGACUGACCGCAUGGACAUCCACAUGGUAGAGGAGAGUUCAGAGAUUGCUGACAUAUGAAAAAGAAAAAAGGAGAAGAGACGAUUCACACCUUGCUUAUCCCAGCCAGAGAUUCCAUGCCAGAACCCAGGAUGUCUCAAGUAAAAGGCUUGGGCUGGAGGUAACCAUAAGACAUCUGGUGUUUCCAGGUUCAAGGUUCGACAUGGUCCACUGGACCACUCCUUUGGUAACAUGUGUCUGGGUUCAGGCAAUGGUAAUGGUCACUUCGGACACUUGUCCUUCCACCACCCUUGUUGCUGUCAACUUCUCCAUCUCUUACCCCAUGCCCUUCUUCCAGACUAGGAACCCUAUCCAGAACAUCGCAAUCAACCCUGUGUACCACGAGAUCUAUUUGGCGUCUCAGAAUAUCAUUGAGGCAGUGAACAGCACUCUGGGUAAAGCGUGGGAGCUGUGCACGGGACCCGUGGGCAGUCCCAAGUGCAAGUUGUGCGAUCUCUGUGACAUUGAGAAAGAUCCACUUCCAGAGGAUACGGAUAACGAAGUCUUGCUUUUGGAUACAUACCUCAUGUACCUUUAUUCCUGUGGAAGCUCUCAGUAUGGAGUAUGUUACUUCCACCAGCUCAAUGAGAAUGGUCAACCACCCGGACCCUCUAAGUGUCUUUUCCGGAAGGAAUUCAAUUCUCCUGCCUUCUGUCCAGACUGCAUUGCAAGCCCUUUGGGCACUCAGGUCAGCAUGGUGGAAGAGGGCCAGACGGUGUACUUCUACGUGGCCGCCACCGUCAACGACAGCGUCACGCAGCGCUACGGCCGCAAGUCUGUGUCGGUUCGCCGACCUUUGGCCACGGAAGACGGUUUCCAUCCAGAUUUCCAAGGCCUGACCGUGCUGCCGAAGCUUCGGCGGGCAUACAGCAUCGAAUAUGUCUACAGCUUCUCCACGGCAGACUUUGUCUACUUCCUGUCCGUCCAGAGGGAGAAAGCUGACCAGGAUUCUUCGCCGUACCAAACGAGAUUGGGCCGCCUACCUCGACACGAGUGGGAGACCAGGAGGUACAGGGAAGUUGUGUUGGAGUGCCGCUUUGAGCCCAAACGAAGGCGGAGGAGAAACGCCAACGAGGCCUUCAAAGAUAUCGUCUACAAUGUGGUGCAGGCAGCACAUUUCGGCAAAGCUGGCCGAGAGUUGGCUGAUGAGCUGGGCGCCGAAGAAGAGGACGACAUCCUGUACGGCGUUUUCGCCGUCACGGACGACUCAGGGGUUCCAGAGCACGACUCAGCACUCUGUGCCUUCCCCAUGGACUCGGUGAACUUGUUCAUAGACGAAGGCGUGGAGGACUGCUGUAAAUCUGGACCGGAGCAGCUUUCAAGGGGCCUGUGCCACUUCCAGCCCUGUGAAAGCUGCCCACAUGAGAGCAUGGAGCACAAUGCCAGCUGUAGAGACCAGCCCACACUGGUGGCCCAGCCGUAUUACAGAGUGGACCUCUUCAACAGGCAAAUGAGGGACACACUGCUGACCUCUCUGUUGGUCACCAGGAUUGAGAACAAGACGCUGGCUCACAUAGGUACAGCGGACGGCAGACUGCUGCAGCUCGUCUUGCGGAGAUCCAGUCCGAUCAUCUUUGCUAACUACUCUCUAGUGGAGAACCAGAGGGUUUCUGCCACCGCCGCUGUUCUUCCCCCAGACCACCUCCUCUUUGUAGUGGGGGACAAGAUGAUUCAGGUGCCUCAGAGGGGUCCAGGGUGCCGUCACUUCCUCACAUGCGCUGCCUGUUUGACCGCGCCCUCGUUCAUGGCCUGCGGCUGGUGUUCCGGUCGCUGCAGCCGUAAAUCCGAGUGUGCGGCACACUGGGCCAAAGAGUCCUGCCCACCGGUCAUCACACAGUUCUUCCCAACGACAGCGCCCUUUGAUGGUCAGACGGAGCUGACUCUAUGUGGUUGGGAGUUCCAGUCCCCCCAGAGGCCGGCCAUCACCACCAGGACCCACGAGGUGAAGCUCGGAGAGACGGCUUGCGUGGUCCAGCCGGUCAAGAGCAACAGUACACUGCUGACAUGUAAGAUCCGCUCUGCAGCAUCUGAGCCGCUGUUUCGACCGGUUAACCUCACAGCGAGGGUUCAUGAGGGUCGAGUAGAGGGCCCGUACUCCAUUGAUGGAAAAGCUGAGAUGCCUGGAUUCACUUUUGUGCUGCCAAACAUCACUGAGGUGCAGCCAGAUUACGGGCCAGUGAACGGAGGAACUCGGAUCACCAUCACUGGACCCUACCUGCAUUCAGGGAGGAACCGCAAGGUCACUCUGGAUGGAGAAGGCUGUCCAAUCCAACACGUGUCAGUAAUUCGGGGGAACUUGUCCUCCAUCGUAUGUUUGUCCCGGCCGGUCACUGAGGUGAAGGACGUGGUGCUGCAGGUCUAUAUCGAUAAGUCCCGCGUUGUCACCACCAGAGUGUUUCGCUAUAAGGAAACUCCGGAAAUCCUCUCUGUCCUGCCCGACUGCAGCUUCGACAGCGGGUCCAUAAUCACCAUUGAAGGGAAGAACCUGGACUCUGUCUACAGAACCAUCAUCCACUUUAAACCCAAAGAAAGCCACCUGAAACCUGUUUCCACUGAGUGCCGGGGAAAGGCCAAGCCGACCCGUAUGGAGUGUGUGACCCCAGUCUUCCACAGAGACGAGACAGAGGAGGGGGAGCUGUCGUUUGACAUGGAUGGAGCUCUGGGCCUGUGGAAGCAGGACUUCUCCUACCAUCCCUACGGCAGGCCAAUUCCCUUUGAGACCGAAGGACACAUCCUCCAACUGUACCCUGGCUUUGAUGAAGUCUCUUUACAUCACCAGAAGCUAAACCUGGUGAACUCCUGCAUGAAGAUCACCAUGACGGUCGGAGGAGUCGACUGUGGGGCGAAGGUUCUGGAUAACGAGAUCACUUGCCGAAUCCCAAAAAACCUCACAAUCCCAAAUGAGGGCUUACCUGUGAAGAUCACAGUUAACGGCCACGUCCACAACGUGGGCACCGUUAGGUUAGUCAGUAACCACUACAUGGUGGCUGUCGUACUCGGCAUUCUUACGGCUCUGGUUGUCGGAGCAGUGCUGGCCUUCAUCACCAUGAAACACCUGAAGAAGAAGAAGACAGAUUCUCUGGCUGAGAGCCGGCUGUCCCACUAUUCCCACAAUCACAAUCACACAGGGAAUGGCAGCGUGGAGCUCCUGCCUAUCGGAGACUACAGGCGAGGUGAAAUACCACUCAGUACGACCCCUGUGGCCCCUGGGGCGGUGGCAUUUCCUGGCCUGGCCUAUGCCAGCACGCUGGACCCAAGCCUAACGCCACUCAUGCCUCCUGAGAAAAUCUCCAUUACCAGCUUCCGCCCGGAGCUCCUGGAGGAGGUGAAGGACGUGCUGAUCCCAGCGGCCAUGCUCAACAUCCAGCAUCAUCAGAUCAUUGGCAAAGGUCACUUUGGUACAGUUUAUCACGGUUAUCUCACUGACCACAACAACAGGGAGAUCCACUGUGCUGUGAAAUCUCUUAACAGAAUAACAGAUGUGGAGGAGGUGGAGCAGUUUUUAAAGGAGGGUAUUCUGAUGAAGGGUUUUCACCACAGUAACGUUCUGUCUCUGCUGGGCGUCCUGCUACCUGAUGAAGGGCUCCCCCUGGUGGUUCUGCCGUACAUGAAGCAUGGAGACCUGCGCCACUUCAUCCGCUGUGAGAACAGAAACCCCACUGUGAAGGACCUGAUCGGCUUUGGACUUCAGGUUGCUAAGGGGAUGGAAUAUUUGGCAAUGAAGAAAUUCGUGCACAGGGACUUAGCUGCCCGCAACUGCAUGCUAGAUGAAUCAUACACAGUGAAGGUGGCAGACUUUGGGAUGGCCCGAGACGUGUUUGAUAAAGAGUACUAUAGCAUUCAGGACCACAGGAAGGCCAAACUGCCGGUCAAGUGGAUGGCCAUUGAAAGCCUGCAGACACAGAAGUUCACAUCCAAAUCUGAUGUGUGGUCAUUUGGGGUUCUGAUGUGGGAGCUGUUGACUCGUGGAGCGAGUCCGUACCCUGAGGUCGAUCCAUAUGAUGUCACUCAUUACCUGUUAAGGGGUCGGAGGCUGCCUCAACCACAGUACUGUCCAGAUUCACUGUUUACUAUAAUGCUGCAGUGUUGGGACCCAGAUCCGGAGAGCCGUCCGAGCUUCACUACGCUGGUUUCUGCGGUAAUGGCCAUUCUGUCCAGCCUGGAGGGAGAACACUACAUCAGCCUGAAGGUCACAUACGUUAACCUGGAUCAACCGCGGCCUUACCCUGCCCUCACCGACUCCGCAGACGAGUUCGAGUCUUCAGACGCAGAGGAGGCGGAAUCAGCCUCCGCCUGAUUGGCCCGGAGCACUGUCACUCACAGUGAAGAGAGUGACCAAGAAAACUCCAGUGAUCAUUUAUUUAUUAAGUAGCAGUGUAGCUGGAAUUUACAAGCUACUGAAUAUCGUUUUAAAAAAGGACAGCUUUUUGUACCAUAGACGAAAGAAUAUAAGGGAAAGACUUGAAAUUCAUUCCCUCAUUCGCUCCUGGUCAUGGAGAACAACUCAUAAGUGAGGAUCAGAGUAUGUGAGUGGAGUGGAGCUCCUUGCUCAAACCGUUCUGUAAUCACUCCACUCCAGCUCCACUCCGGGUUUUCUAUUUCAUGCUCUUGACUCCCAUAUCAGAGAAACUCUGGUCCGUCUCUGCUUCAUAUGAUUCAUUCUUAUGAUAUUUAUUUUCUGUCUUGAAUGUGUGGACAGGACACUACACACUUUACUUAUAUAAUUUAUGGCUGUUAAUAAACAAAAAACUAGCUCAACAUGCUGUGUUACAUAGGCUUUUUUCAGAAGGUAUAGGCUUGAAGCGAAAAAACUGCUGAGGGUAAACAAACACACAGAGUCCCUGCCGCAUCACUCGUGCCACGCAGACAUGGUCAGUGUGGAAAAAAGGACGGUGUGGCGAGAGAAAGAAAAGAGAGAGGCGAGAGAGAGAAAACUGACGCUUCGACUUUCUGAACAGCCACUCCAAGCAAAAUAACGUAGCUCUGCUCACAUACUCUGGUGAAGUUAGAGCUCUCAGAAGGCUUCUCAGAGCAUUACGCUUGGUCAGUGUCAAUGUCUUUGACCACUGAUAUCAUGUUUGCAUUGAGAUGGCGAUCAUGAACUUUGCCGCUUAAAUACUGAGUGUUUAACAGUGCAAAAAAGCCGUCCAGCGAACAUUACUGGAGCACCAAAAACAAACCUGGCAUCUUCAGAUGGAAGAAGUACAGAAAUACAGUGAUGAGGUUCAGUGCAAAGAAAGGGUAGUUUUUGCACAAUGGAGAAAGAUUCUUUUAAAGAUAUUUAAAAUCACAGUGAAUCACAAAUCAUAACCUUUUCUCUCCUUACUGUAACGUAUUUCCAAGUGAAACCGUAACUGUGUCAGUGAGGAUCUUUGAUCAGUUCACCAAAGUCUUAAUAGGAAAGUUUCCUUUCUCCUUGAAUGGGGGGAAACUGAAACUGAAACUGAAAGUCACGUUAAAGUGUCAGAAACAUAUUUGAAAUCACUGGGAAAAUCUGUCAGAAAUCGCAUCUUAGUUUGCGACUUGUUUACCAUUUUUCAGGUUAUUCUGGCUCCUUCGCAUGCACAUACCUCCACAGUGAGGAAGGGCUUUUCCUGCUCGUGGCUUAGUGAACAAGUCAAUUGGCUGUUUUUAUUGAAAGAUUCUCCCAUAAACAUAACUGUGAUUGUUAAAAAGAAAUAAUGUAUUAGAGAUUUUGAACAAUUUGUAUAAUCCAACCCUACAGCGUAGUGAUCAUUGUCUUAGCUAGCACACAGUUAUCUUUCCUAUGGGAACUGUAUGCUAGUGAACAUGUAACGGCUUUGAACACAUCUGAUUCAACUCGUCAGCCCAUUACUGAGGCUGUUCUCAAUUGAAUGAUGUGUGUUAAAUUAAUGUAGAUGCUAAAGGUAAACAGUGCAGUGCUGGUCUAGUUUGAGACUGGAAUUGAAGAAUGUGAGGCUUUAGGAAACACUGGCAUUGGUAGAAGCAAAACCAUCACUUACUGCAGUGUGUACAAGAAAGAGCUGGUGAAAUGGAGAACUAGAGCUGUUGACAGAUAAAAAUAAGAGUUGGCGCUAUUAGCUGAUGAAAAAAGAACUAGUACAGUGUGCUGGUGGAGAUAAGAAACAGUGCUAUUAACUGAUGGAAAUAAGAACUAGUGUUAACAGCCAAUUAGAAUGAGAACUAGAACUAUUAGCUGGUGAAAAUAAAAAUAGAGCUAUCAGCAGGUUAAAAUAAGAACCAGCGCUGUUCGGAGGUGAAAACAGGAACUAGAGCUGUUAGCAGAUGAAAAUAAAAACUAGGGCUAUUAGCUGGUGAAAAGGAGAACUAGCACUAUUAGCAGGUGAAAAGGAGAACUAGUGCUAUUAGUUGUUCAAAAGCAGAGAACUGACCUACUCUUAUGAUUUGAUAAACACGCACAUCACUGACUUUUAUAUCCGUACAGUAGGAGACAGUGGUCACACUUAUAACGUUACACUGAUGAGUGUCUGAAGCUGGAAAUACAACUUAAAGGAAUGUUUCACCUGAAAACACUAGUGUGGCUAACAGUGAAUGAAAGCUAGUGAGGGCUAGGAAGCAUGAUCUCAUUCACUCAGUGCCAACUGACUCCCAUUGGCUCUUGGUUGUUACUAGUGAGAAGUCGUGCCUUGUCUCCACUCCUGUCCAUGAUGUUCGUGGACAAGGUGUCAAGGGGUAGCCGAGGUCAGGAGGACAUUAUGUGUGGAGGCCGGAAGGUGGCGUCUCUGCUUUUCGCAGAUGAUUUUGUCCUUUUGGCUCCAUCUUAUGGACGCCUCCAGCGCUCACUGGGUGAACAGUUGGUAUGCAGAUUCGCACCUUCAAAUCUGAGUCCAUGGUCCUAGUCCUAUCAAGUAGACCGUAGACCGCCUCCCUGUGAAGAAAGCUCAUUUCUGCCGCUUGUGUCCACGAUCUCAUUUCGGUCAUUACCCAAAGCUCAUGACCAUAGGUGAGAGUUGGGAUGUGGACCAACCAGUAGGCAGAGUUUUGCCUUAUGGCUCAGCUCCCUCUUCACCACUACAGUCCAGGACAGUGACUCCAGUACGGCUGUCUGGGAUUUUCUGCUUUCCCUAAAGCUACCGUGACCCUAGCUGGAUGAAGCGGCUAAAGAGAAUAAUAGAAUGAAAAGGUUAGUGAGAGUUAGUGUAGUGCUAACUGACUUCCAUUAGCUUUCAGUCAAAAUUAGCAUGUGUUUUUGGUGAAAAAGGAACGCUUGGACUACUUGAGCUGUAGCUGAUGUAUAUUUUGGCACAUAUGUUUGUAAGUAAUUUUUAUAUUUGGAAAUAGUGUGUAAUAGUUUGUUCUUUUUUUUAGACUCCAGUUAUAGUUUCAUUUGAAAUGUGCAUUAAUGAAUGACUUCAUAUGUCUGUGCUUUCCAUGUCCUGUGCAGUUUUAUUUUUAAUCCAGUGGGAUUCCCAUUAUUUAGAACAAAGUCAGAAUGUUGUUUAGGAUUAUGUCACAGUAAUUUAUUUUAACUCUUAGAAUUCAAAUUUGUUAUGAGUUUUUUGAUGGGCACUGUUAUUUGGAGACCUUCUGACACCUGUUUUGGCCUUGAUACUAGUUGAGAUACUGAGAUUUAGUAAAAAAAAAAAAAAGUGUUUGUAAAUGUCGUUCAUGCUGUAGCACAGA